AGCUAUUCGUUCAUCGAAGAUUCAUAGAAGCAGAAUAUAAUUUUGAGGACGCGUGGAAAGUGGGGAUAACUAAUCGCUGAACUUGCGUUUACAACAAGACUCGAGUGUCUGUCGUAAUUAAUUAAGCUAAUGACUGAGGCUCCGGGUUUUAUCGUACAUCACAGACAAGAAAUCAUGUAGGAUGAAUGGCGCCCCGCCAUUAAGCCGACUGCAGUAGUAAUCCAGUGCAACGUCGAGUGGUAUCGCACAAGUAGACAUGUCACUUGUUGAAUCCUACAUUCUUUUAGCGACCGCCUUCGUAUCAGCGUACGCGCAUCCGCAAAACACGUUAUUAAACGACGUGGAAACGGUCAUCAAAUCGGUUUUUAAGGCAGCACGAGAACCAGCAACGUUUAAUUUGUAUACCAGGGAGAAUCCUUUCGGCGAGGAACAAUUAUUCUUGAAUAAUACAGAAGUCCUUUAUGCAUCUCACUUUAAUGAAAGUCGUCCAACGAAGUUUAUCGUUCAUGGAUUUAGCGACACUGGUAAUGAAGCAUGGGUACGAGGACUCAUAGACGCUUACUUGUUACACGAAGAUGUGAAUGUAAUAGUCGUUGGUUGGGGUAUAUUGGCAGCAGAUGUUUAUCCUGUGGCUGCUAACAAUACACGCAAAGUAGGAGAAUUCUUUGGGGAUUUUCUCGAAUUUCUUAACAGAGAAUCGAAUCUCGAAUACAAGGACGUUCAUAUUAGCGGUCAUAGUUUGGGUUCACAUGUAGCAGGUUUUGCUGGGGCUUAUCUCGAUGGUCGUAUCGGCCGAAUAACUGGUCUGGAUCCUGCUAGUCCUCUUUUUGAAACGAUCUCAGGAAUCGUUGAUCCAGAAUUUCGAUUGGAUCCUACGGAUGCACAAUUUGUCGAUGUUAUACAUACUAGUGGACCAGCUUUUGGAUUUUUAGCACCUUUAGGUCAUGCUGAUUUUUAUCCCAAUAAUGGUGAAUUCCCACAACCUGGAUGUUCUUUCUUACCAACGACCACCUAUUGCAGUCAUUCUCGUGCACAUCAGUUCAUGACAGAGAGCAUCGGUAGUACUGCAGGAUUUAAGGCAAGAACCUGUGAGAGUUGGGAAAAAUAUAAGGAAGGUCGUUGCAAUUACAAUCCGAUUGUCUUGAUGGGAGAAUACGCAUCCACAUCAUUACGAGGCAGAUUCUAUUUGUCUACCAACAAUGAACCACCAUUCGCAAUAGAAUGAGAAAGGACACGGAUAUCGAAUUUGAAAAAGAAAGCAAUAACGAUCGUGUAUAUAUAUGCGAUUAAAUAAUCAGUACUAGUCAUUUGUAAGUUACUUUAUUUAUGUAGACUUACGUGUUUGCUUACGCGUUAUGUACGCAUGCAUGUACCUCAAUUUUCAUUCGGAUCUCCAAAACGUUUCAUAGCGUUUGAUUGAAGCCGAAAAAAAAAAUUAAAAUAA